ACCAGGCUUGCGAGUGGACGGUGCUAGACGUUUUGACCUUGGUUAAACAGUUUGCCCUCAGCUGGCCUUUCAGGUCUUUGCCGCUGAGUUUCCGUGCGCAGUUAGGAAGGCGCUGACUUUUGCGUAGUUGCAGACAGUUCUUAAGUAUGGCUGCAGCUGUAGGUAGGCGGGACCUCGCAUCUGGUUUCCACCACAUCAAGUGCAGCCCGGAAGCACGCCGGUACAUGGCCUUUAGGCAUCCCACCACGGAGGCAGUCCUGCGUUGGGUGGUGCUGCCCUUCGGCGCCAGCCAAUCGCCCCCAAUCUUUGUGGAGUUAACCAACGCCGCGUGUGCCAUCUUCCAAGCGGAGUGCGACCGGCGGGGGCUACGGGUCAAGCUCUUCUGCUUCGUCGACGACUACAUCAUCCUAGGGGUGACCCAUGCAGACGUCGUUGGCGCCUUCGCGGUCAUGGACGAAAUAGGUGGCGAGCUGGGGCUGGAGUGGAAGACCAGCAAGGACCGCGGACGAAACGAGCACCUGCGGCAGCUCGACUUCCUGGGUAUGCUGUUCGACACCGAGAAGAUGGAGAUGCGCAUCUCGCCGGACAAGCGGCAGCGCUACGCGGCGGACGUGCGCGCCCUCCUGGACGCGGCAGCUACCGGACCAGUGCAGCGGCACCUCCUGGAGUCCACCGUCGGCCGCUUAACGUUCAUAGCCCGGGCAUGCCGCUGGGGUUUCACGUUCAUGCAGGGCCUCUACGACAGCCUCUUCUGCCCCACCCGCCCGCCGGCCACUGUCGGCCUGGCGGCGGACGCAGUAGAAGACCUGGCUUUCUGGUGGCAGGUGCUACGGGCGGAUUCCUCUGUCUGGGACGGGGUAAAGCGCUCAGCGGGCAUCGGUUUGGACCUAGUGAGGGGGGAGUUUAUCGGCCAGGAUGGGGCCGUCCUCUUCACGGACGCUAGUGGGCGUGGGUUUGGCGCAGUCUGGGGGGAGGCGGAGGUGCAAGGGGCAUGGUCAGAGGAGGAGCGUCAGCUGCACAUCUCGUGGCUGGAGCUCAAGGCGGUCCUCAGAGCGCUGCAGUCAUGGGCCGCCAGCCUUGCCGGGCGCCGGGUGCUGGUGCGUUGUGACAACACCCAAGCCGUAGCAGCCAUCAACCACGGCUCCACCCGCAUCCCAGAGGGCCGCAGCCUUAGCCGCCAAAUUGCAGAGCUUGCGAUUAGCUCAGGGUUCGAGGUCCGGGCUGAGCACAUUCCCGGCGUGGACAACGGCCAGGCCGACCGCCUCAGCCGCCGCCUUGACAGCGCCCAGGAUCAGAACCUGCGGCUGAAGGCCAGCAUCUUCAGGGAGCUAUGCCGCAAGUUCUCUCUCCGGCCCACCGUCGACUGCUGCUGCGACGCCCAUGGCUCCAACCGGCAGCCCGGCUGUGAGGUGUUCUACAGCGCGGGGCGGUCGGUGCUUGGCCAGGAGGCCGAGCUGGCGGGCAAGGCGCUGUGGGCCUUCCCACCCCAGGCCCUGGUGGGGGAGGUGCUAGCGACCCUCGUGGCAGCGGCACGGCGUGACUCGCGGACGCGGGCGGUUGUGGUGGUGCCUUUCUGGCCGGAGCGGGGGUGGUUCCGGGCCUUCGUCCGUAGCCGAUCCGCACCAUUCCGGGUCGCCCAGGUGCUGCCCAGGGGCGGCCGCCUCUGCGUUUGGCCCUGGGGCGACGAGGCGGGUCCUUCUCCUUACGAUAUGCUGGUCUUACGCCUGCCCUGACCGAAUUCCGAUCCGCGUUUGCGCCCCCAUGGCGAUUGUAGAGGGUGGCGGGAGCUGCGAGGCCUGCGUGCGGCGCACCUCCGUGGGGGACUUGCGCUGUGAGACAUGCGACAUACGGGCACAUCGCCGCUGCCUGGGACUGCCGCCGGGCUCGUACCCCGGCGGCUGGUUCCGCUGCAUCCACUGCAUCCUGGCGGCGGCGGGUUUUCCGGCAGGGGCUGCGGGCGGUCGGCAGGAGGCACUCGCGGCGAGGCUGGUGGCGCUAGCGGGAAGCGCCGUGUCGGCGGGUUCAGCAGGGACGUACGAAUCCCAUCGCCGCCGCUACGCGGCCUUCUGCGCUGCUCUGGGCUUACCCAUGAGGGCGGCUUUCCCACCUGCGCGGGGCGCGGACCUCAGCCCCGAGCUGGUGAGCCUGUUCAUCGCCCAUGAGGCCGACCGUGUGGCCCCCUCAACGUUGUCAGGCACCAUUAGCGCCCUUGCGGACUGGCAGCGCGCGAAGGGUUUUCCGGUGGAGGCCUCCAUCCGCCGGAACCCAUUGGUGCAACGCACGCUGAGGCAGGCGUGGCGUGCCCGGGCGCCGGCGGCAGCCGCCACAGCUGGCGGCGAUGCAGGGGCCGAGCCGCUGCCGCAACGUACGAAGGAGGCGUUCCCGGUGCCGCUUCUGCGGCUCCUAUUGGGCUGGCUGGCAGCGACGGCGGACGGGGCGCCAGCGCGCCGAGCGGAGCUCGAGCAGGAUGCGUGUUGGCUGGUGGUGGGUUUCUUUGGGAUGCUGCGGAGAAGUGAGCUGGCGGGGCUGCGGCUAGGUGACGUGCAUUCGCUGACUGGUGGGGUUCACGUGGUGCGGAUAACGAGGAGCAAGACCGAUCAGGUUGGGGCAGGGGUGGAUGUGCACCUGGGGGCAUCGUCUGGCAGCGGAGUACGCAUCGGGCGCAUUAUAGGGCGCCACCUAGAGCGGGCCCGCUCAGGGGGGGCGGAGCCCAGCGCGCCGCUCUUCACGCGGGGCCCCCAGUGGGGACCGGGGUCGGAGGCUUGGCGGAAGGAGGGGUU